UGUGAGCGCCAGCCUUGUUUGUAUUCUCGUGUGUUUUCCUGACAAAAGCUCCAUCCAGCCAUGCAGCAGAGGGCUGCUGGUUCCCAGAGACCCUCAGAGCUGCAGAGUCCAGUCUCCCUGAAGCCAGCAGCCGGACUCGGACCCUCAUCAGGUCCUCCUCCUGUGCUGGAGCUCUGUGUGGAUUACUGAUGGAUGAGGAACCCAGAGGCCAGAGCUGAAAGAGAGAAAAYGUUUCAGAAACUGGAGGAAGUUCUUUCUUUGGAGAACGUGUCUGAAGUCAUCACCAGUUUCUGGUUUUUCUUUCUUCCAUCAGUUUUUGGAGACUCAGAACAUUUUGAUGGUUCUGAACUUUUGGGGAUUCUGCAGGAGUUUCACUGAUUUGUUUUAAACUCUUCCCUCCACAUAAAGAGGUAGAAGUGAAAGGUUCUGUGUCAGGCUGACAGGGAGCGUCUGCGUCAUGGCUCGGUCCGUUGCCUUCUUGUUGCCCCUCUGCCUCUCGUUGCUGAUUGUCGAUGCAAACAAUGUUGGGCAACCUGAGAAGCAGCAGAGCAACGUUGACAGAUCCUCCUCUGGGGUCAAACCAGAGCCUGUUUGGACCGAGGAGCAGCUCAAGACUCCAGAUGACCCCUACAAGAAGAGCCCCCCUCUUCCUGAGAUGGUGGAUCUGGACCUGGACCAGCACCAACGCCUGGCCCGCGGUGCCGACGAGGACGAGCAGCAGUCCACCUUCGGUCACUCCUUUGAGAACGAGUGGGUGACGGCGCCUCAGGUCACCGAGUUCAGCAACACGACCAGAGUGGAACCUGAGACCAGCAGCCCCAAAGACCAGACCCAGAGGAACUCCUCCAGGCCCGAUGAGGCUCCGAGACUCUUUAAUCCCUUCUACCCGCUGGUGGAGACCUCCUACGUGGCCUACGCAGUUCUGGUCCUGGCCUGCCUGGUGCUGGCAGUGGGCGUGGUGGGCAACAUGGCGGUCAUGUGCAUCGUUUGGAACAACUACUACAUGAGGUCUGCGUGGAACUACCUGCUGGCCAGCAUGGCCUUCUGGGACUUCCUGGUCCUGGUGGUCUGCCUCCCAGUGGUGGUCCUCAACCACCUCUCUCAUAGGAGGAUCCUGGGUGACAUCACCUGCCGCAUGGUGCCGUACAUGGAGGUCGUGUCUCUCGGCAUCACCUCCUUCACUUUGUGCGCUCUGGGCAUUGAUCGUUUCCACGCGGCGACCUCCUCCACCCCGACGAAGACUCGGCAGGUGGAGCGCUGCCACUCGGUGCUGACCAAGCUGCUGCUGGUUUGGCUCUCGGCRCUGCUGCUCUCCAGCCCGGAGAUCUUCCUGUGGCAGUUCAGCCUGAGCCCGUCUGCAUCCACCGGCGGGGUGGUGGACUCCUGCAGCAUCACGCUGACCUCCCCCCUGUCCCUCUACCUGCCCGACUCGCUCCACUCCCUGCUGCUCAGGUACCACCAGGGUCGGAUGUGGUGGUGUUUCGGCUGCUACUUCUGCCUGCCGGUCCUCUUCACCCUCCUCUGCCAGAUGGCCAGCCGCAACGUCAACAGCGACUCCAGCGCCGCCCAGAAGCAGCGUAACCAUGACGACCUGUCGGCCAGCCAGAASCACCAGCAGCACCAGGCGGUGGAGCGGCAGCUGAACUGCACCUUGUUGGCGCUGGCGGUGGUUUAUGGCGUGUGCGCUCUGCCUGAACACGUCUGCAACAUCACGCUGGCCUACACACACUUCACCUUGUCUGAGAACAUCACCGCCAUGAUGGCGCUCCUACAUCACUUCCUGCUGUUUGUUAAGUGUGCAGUGACGCCYGUGCUGCUGCUGUUUCUGUGUAAGACUCUGGGUCAGGCCUUCAUGGAUUGCUGCUGCUGCUGCUGUCAGGAGUGUCAACCAAUCACAGCACAAGGCUCCCCAGGCUCCGCCCACAUCAAGCUGAAGGCAGCUAAUGAGACGUCCAUCUUCUUUGACAAGGCUAAAGACACUUCAGCCAUCUUGUCCAUUUCUAGCUAGAGUCACCGGUCCAUCCUGGUCCAUCAGUCCGUCCUCGUCCAUCCGUUCCAGUUUUCUCUUUAACUCAUGUUUCUGUUAACAGAACGUUUCUUCUCCUCCGAUCWCUUCCUCCUUUCUCACCUGCUCCUCUCUACAUGAAGUCAUUUUCAUUUAUCUUUCUGUCUCCACCUGCUCAGAUGUCUGUUCUGACAGCAGGAACCGGUUUCCAGGACUCUGAUGGGACUCUUCCACUCUAUAGACCGAAGCUGUGAUGUGUAUUUGUUCUUACAAAAAGUAAAUUAAGCUAAAUUAGAUGAUUAGUUUCUAUAAAUGAUUAAAUCAGAGGAGGUUGAAGGUCUGAGAAGAGUUUAAUGUGAGAGUUGUUCUGAGAGUUUUAAACAUUUAAGUUAUGUAUAGUUUUAAAUAUAAAGACUAACCUUAACCCUGGUUGUCGGGCAGAUUCUUGAGUCCUCCUGGGUUGUUCCCGAACAUCUGAACCAGUUUGA